UGACUCCACCGGUUAGGACGUUUCCAGAGGACAGAACUUCUUCGGGGAUUGUUAGUGACUCUAAUAGCCAUUCAUUGUUUAAAAGCAAGUUUUACAGUGGAUUUUAAUUGACUUGUGUUUUCUUCAAGAGACUCGAUAGUUAAUUCGGUGUGCCACAAGGAUCCAGUUUAGUUCCCUUGAUUUUUUCCGAGAACUCACAAACUUUGAGGAUUUUUCAGUGCUGGUGGACAUGUGAUAUGGACUGAACCGGAGUGUUAGUGACUUUGCCGUCGAGACCGAGCGCCAAGUCGGGAGUUGGCGGGAAUACCGGCGCCCACGGGCGGACCCAUGACCGUCCACGAUAUGCCCCCGGGGGUCCUGAGCAUGCCGCACCACCACCCUCACCUCGCGCGGUCCAGGUUCAUGAUCACGGACAUCUUGUCGGGGCAGAGCGGACAGCGAUCGCCCCCGUCGCCGGCCUCUUCAGGAGACGCUCCUCGAGACCUAUCCCUGCACUGUCGGGACGCCGAGCUGAGCGAUGGACACGAGAGCGGGACAGACAGCGGCCUGCCAGGGGACGCCAGCAGCGUCUGUUCUAAUGGACACAAAGAGGACGACAGCACUCGCAGCUCCAGUCACAGCCUCAACAAGAAGCAGCGCAAGGCGAGAACAGCGUUCACCGACCACCAGCUGCAGACGCUGGAGAAGAGUUUCGAGCGCCAGAAGUACCUGAGUGUCCAGGACCGCAUGGAGUUGGCCGCCAAACUGAGUCUGAGCGACACGCAAGUCAAGACCUGGUACCAGAACAGGAGGACGAAGUGGAAGCGACAGACGGCUGUUGGCCUGGAGCUGCUGGCGGAGGCGGGGAACUAUGCGGCUUUCCAGCGACUCUACGGUGGGCCGCCCUACUGCUGGCCGUACCCAGGGGCGGCAGGCAGCACCGCCCCCAGCGCCGCAGACCUCUACUACCGCCAGGCCGCCGUGGCCGCCGCCGCCGUCACCACGCUUCAGAAGCCUCUGGCGUACCGCCUCUACCCGGGGGUGGCGGGUCCCUCGCACCUGCCGCCUCCAGGACUCCCUACCGCCGCCCCCUACUACCACCCCCUGCCACCACGCUCUCCUUCGCCCUCGCCACCCCCGCCGCACAGUCCACAGUCGGUCGACGUCGAGGAUGACUCUCCCGACUCACCCAACGUCGAAGUCUAACCUCAAACCGCCCAGUGGACCCUCUGUGAAACAAGGAACUCAAAUGUGCAAUCUUUUCUUCCACUCCCUCGGACAGGAACUUUCCGUCUUCGGUACCAGUGAAGAACCAUUCCUUCGGCAACCUUAGGCUCCUUCACGGAAUGUUGUGUAAAUACGACCCCCGUUACCUCGGUCCAAGACUCUUGACGCAGUGUUUAUGGUUGAUGUUAGCUUUAAGGCCCGUGUCUACCACUAAAGUUACAGUUCACGACAUCGUCUCUCUGCGCCUAUAGGUCUACAGUUGCAUGUCUCAUACUUAGAGCCAGACCUUCAAAAAUAAACUAACUCUUGAAAUCAUCGGUUGAAAGCGAUUCUGUACCGAACGCUGCGCGUUCUUAAACUAUUAGUUUAAAGCUUUAAAAGUGUUUUAGUAAUUUAUUGUUUUACGCAAAAGCUUUUUUAUUAUUGAAUAGGAUACAUUUUUUAAUAGCAUAGGACAGUUUUUAAGUAAUAGAGAGAAACCUAAAUACUCAGAGGGCCAAAGCCCUCAUGUGAUAUUAAUAAAUUUUACCUAGGAUAUUGAAAAAUGCAUUUAUAUGGGAUAUCUCAAAGACGUUCAAACCGGUGUGACUUGUUGCGGUGUAUUCCACGGACGACAAAGUCAACUACUACCUCUCUUUAGCUCUGUUAAGUUUUUAACGAAGAUUUGUCGACGACUAAAUGUAUUUUAACCGCCAACAACUCGUUUUAAAGUUGUGAACGCACUCGGUGGCCCGACCCCGUGCGAGUAUCCUACACAAUUGUUAAUAUUGUAUCAUAAGAGUAAAUUUAAUGUAUUUAUUGACUGUAGAUUACCAUUCACUUCUACUCAAAGUACUUACUAUAUAAAUAAGUUGAGUCUUGUGAAUCCACUCUGUGUGUACAGUUGUACUUGUGUAUUUGUAUAUAGGAGAUGAUGAGUAGCUAGCAAGGUACUAGUGUGAGGAGUUAAAUGUGAGUUUGGGAGGUUAUAUUCUUCAUAUUUGCAGUACCGACGUAUUCCACUAACUUUUACCCAAAAUAUCACCCUUUUUCGCAGCGAAUUUGAGUUACUUUAAAAUAAAAGAAACAUUUCUUCACAUUAAAACAUGUUCUAAAAAAAUAAUAUCGUUAUUGGCAAGUAAACAUUAAAUAUUGCGUUGGCCUACUUAAGGAGGUACGUUAGUUAGCUGCCGGCCGCGCAUCUGAGAUUCUGCUGUUAUAUAUCUGGAUAAACAUCGGGUGUUUAUUACAACUUAUGGUCUUUUUUCUCGUGAAGAAGAGGGCAGAUUUGAGCCUUCGAAACGUAGUGUAACAUAUAACAUUUUGUAACAUAUAACGAUAGCAAAUGUUCGAAAUUCGAUUAUACUUUCAAACUUUCCAUCGUCAAUAACAACUUUAACCAAAUAAAAAAGGAAUGCGGAUACAAUUUCAAAAAAACUGCCUUAUUUAGUUCGUCUUAAACCCAUAAAUAUUUCAUUUCAGAAACUUAUACUUCAAGUAUUAGUUUUAAAUUAGUAUUAACAGGUAAUCUUAUUUGUACAAAUUCAUUGACAUUGGGAAACUGAAAUCUAAGUUUCUGAAGUGAAAAAAUGAAGUGUUUGAGACGAGCCCUAUUUAUAACGCAGUUCAAUUCGUAUACCCAUGUUAAAAGCUCAGAUGUGCGGUUGGCAAAUAUCUAAAGAUCCCUCAUAAAGAUUAAUCAUUAACAAGUAUUUUACAGUAGUCUCUAACUUCCCAAACAGAUGUUUUACUUCCUCUGAUGGUUCGAAAUGGAUGAAACACCGGCGUUAUAAGUGUAGUACCGUUUAGCUUCGAGACCCACCCCGGCGUGUUCUCGCGCCCUUUUGAAGUCUAAACUUUUCUAAGGAAACACAAAUUAAAUGACAAGAACAGGGGAUUUUUGUUCAGUAAGAAGGUUUAAACGCUGUUCGGGAAGGCCGUUCUUAAAAAUAUUAGAGGACAGGAACUUUUCCGAUUGAGGUUAUGUGCUGAGGUUAAUUGAAGUGUUAGCUCCAAUAAACGUUUUUUUCCGGGCGACAAACCACACGCCCCAACAGACUUUCUCUCUUAUUCACGUUAGUUAAGAUAUUAUUUUUUAUUGUUCGUGUAUUUGUUUUAAAAGACAAAAUACUACAAAUACAUACAUCAAAUACAUCUCAAAUAUGAUAUAUUAGAAAAUUAUUUCAAAAUGUGUAAAAAAUAUACUGUUAAAAUUAAGUAUAUCGUUUGUUAUUAUGCUGUCGUAUAUAUGUUUAGACUAAUUCAAAAAGUCGUAUAGUUUAAAGUCUUUCAUUCGGAACCCACAAAUUUGCACACAUAUGUUUUUAUUUUAUUUUUAUAUUUUGAGAGAAGAAUAAAAUAUGUUAUCUUUUAGUUUUUUUAAGUAUUUUAGUAAUAGACUAUAAUAUUAAUUUGGAAAGUGUUUGUCAAUUUAUUUAUUUUUUAUUUGACUAUUGAAUUUUUUUAAUUUUCUACCCAAUUGAUGGUAAAAAAAGGAAUUUUGUUAAAUUUUGGAAGUGAAGAAGGGCGCAACGCAUGUCCGGCUCUGGCAGAUUGCAGUAUUAUUAGCCUAGAUGCAUGUCUGUAUAGCGUACUUUAGUUACUGUUAUUGUCAUCCACGAGCUUUGUAAAUAAACAUGUUAAUAUUCCUAACAAAUACAACAAAUUAUGUGA